AUGGCCGUCCAAUUUUGCGCUUCCGGCGACGGGUUCAAAACAACAAAACGGAGAGCCGCGGAAGAGGCCACCGAUUACGCCCGGCUUGAUGCGCCAAGCAGUGUCUUUCGGGUGUGGACUACGGAAGGACGCACAGCUAUGACCGCCGAACCUAGCGCACUAACGACGACGACGACGACGACGACGCACCAGUGCGAUGGUGCAGGAACGCAGUGUACCGCCCAGAGUACGGGCUCGCCACGCAACUGCAUCGUUCGCGAGCUGUUGUGCUUCUUCGAGGAAGCCACCGCAGUCCUCAACGGUAGCAAUCAACCGGCCGAGCAGGAGUGGGACGGGGAAAAGUUUUUCGACGACGCUAGCAGCGGGUGGGCGGGCGACCCGGACAACCGCAGUGUCGACGAGAUACUGCACGAGGCCGAGCAGCUCAUCUGUUCCGAGCAGCCGGUGUUCCGGCGGAACGGUGAGUGCAUCGAUCGCGCCCAUCCGACGGCUCCGCAGGAGCUGGCAUGCGAGGCCAAGCUGGCGGAGGUGUGGAAUGGGCUGCUGGAGGAUCUGGCUAACGCCGAGCGGAAGGACGCGGAACGGGCGGCCGUCGAGCAGCGGACGGAGGAGCCGAACAGCGUGGAUGCGAGUGACAUGGCCCCGUACAGCAAUUACCAGCCGAUGGUCAAUGCCGCGACAGACAGUAACGAAUUAACCGACGUCGAAGAACCGGACGAGAGUGAAUGCUUCUCGGAUGGUGGCACAACGAUCUCGCUCAGCCAGCACAACAACCACCAGGAAGAGGCCCCACGGCUAACGGGUCUGCCUGGUGAUGCACAGCAGCAGCAGCAGCAGCAGCAGCAGGAGAUGGAUCCCAGCUCAACACCGCCCCAAGCAGCCGGGGAUGAGUGGCGGCGCGGUACGUCGAUUUUGCCAGUGACCUGCGACAGAUCGACGCAACCGUCACCGACCCACGAAUCGCCCGGUGCCACCGGUGAGCUGCUGAUGCUGUCCAAGUACCGCGAGCUGGAAAGCAGACUGCUCCAGCUGCACGAGCAGGUAAAGGACAGCGAGGAGCGAUACCAAAGCCUUCGGAUCCAGUACGAAACACUUGCCCAGGCGCACCGGACCCUGCGCGACCUCCACACUAGCAAGCAGGACGAGAGCGAGAAGCUGGAGUUCGACAUACAGCACCUGACAAAGUGUGUCGAGGUGCUCAGAUCGGAACUGAAAGCGGCACGCAAUGAGCGCGAUUUUGCGGUGGAACUGCAAGGCCUGCUGCAGUCCGAGCUGGAAGAGGCGCGCAACGACAAAAAGAAGCUGCAAGAGAGUACGGAGAAAGAUACCAGAACGAUACAGGACCUACAGCGGCAGUGCCGGGAGAUGGAGCGCAUUCUGAUGCGCAAGAAUCCCGAUGCCAUCUCGGGGCUUAUCGUGACUACCAAAGUACCUCAUGGGAAGUCGGAGAGUGACGGUGGGGCGUCAGUACGGCGUACACCGGAGCAAACGGAGGCGGACGGUGGCUGCAUACAUCACACCCGCUCGUAUGGCGUGCUAGCGGACGUGCAGGCACGCUUCAGCUCCGUGCAGGCCAAGUAUGAAACGCAUAUACGCGACCUCGAGAUGCAGGUGCUGAGCUUGCAGGAGAUCAACUCCAAGCUGAACGAGCGGAUCAUACAGCAGAUGGAAGAGCUGGCUAUCAUGAACGCCAACACAGCGGACCAGAUUGCGGUCGCCAACACGGGAACCAUCAUCGCCGGCAGAAGCAGCAGCAGCAGCAGCAGCACUCAGACUGAGCCGGCAGGUAGCGGGCAGACACCGGCGAAGCGACGGUCCGUGAUGGUGCAAACGGACAACCUCAUUGCCAAACCGUUGUCCAUGCGCCAGCAGCAAACCAAGCGGGCACAGGCGCAAAACAAGGAAGAUGCCCAUCUGCUGGCCACCAUCGGGGGCAUGCGGGUCGAUCUGGCGGCCAAGGAGAAGACGGUGCAGCGGUUGACGCGCGAAGUGGAGGAGUGCAAAAAGACGAUUAAGAAGCUGCAAAAAAAGAAGGAAGGGCUGGGCAAGAGUGAGUGCGGCAAAUCCCCGGUGCGGGUGCGCAAAAAGGUGCUGGAAAACGGGGAACCGGGCGUCGAAGCGUCCUUGGCAGUGUGCGAGGACGCACCGAAGGCGAAAACGCACGAGUUGGAUCACCACCACAACAAGGCACUGCAGGACCAAAGGUUGCAAGAAAACAUGACAAGACGUCCGCGGAAUCGAGUAUGGGUUUUACCUCGAAGUUACACGUAGGCUAGCGGCCAGUGCAGAAGAUGCAGCAGCGAAUAUAAAUAUGGGUAAAGAGUGCAUUUCCUACCUGUCGAAACGGUGGUAGGAUAGCGUACAAGCUAUUUGAUAAGAAACACGCGCGGCGAAUCGUGUGCGAUCUCAAUUAGAAGUUUAUUUGUAAAAGUUAUGGUCAGUUAUGGAGAGCGAGUAUUGUUUAGUUCUAAUGUAGAGCGCUAUGUUGUAGAUUCGCGCUUAUUCUAAGUGAAGUGCGCGCCAUACAUAAUUAGCAAAGAGCGUAAUUUUCUCAGCCAGAUGUUUGAACAGGAUCAAAUGAUCCCUUUGCAGCGUAUCGAAAGGUAAAGCAUUGUAGCAACAUUUUAAUUACACUCCAAUCUUUAUCCAACCCUA